CCGCGGGGCCCGAGCAGGGCCAGGGCGCUCGGCCGGGACUGGGCCCAGCACCGCAGGGCCGGAGCCGGGGGCGCUCGGCCAGGCUGGAAGGAGCCGAGCCGCGCUGCGCCUCCCGCCCCAGCGUACCUGCUGCAGCUUGUUUUCGGGCUUCCCGCACUCGCGGGAAGCAAGGGAAGGGGAGGAGUUCGAGGGGAGCUGGGGGCGGGGCGACAGCUGCCGGAGCUUUUGUUUAAUUUAAAAGCCCGUUUAGAACCGGUUGUUCUCAACCGGUUCUAAAAGGGGUUUCUAAAUUUAACACUCGCCUCCUGCGAACCGGUGGGAACGGCUCCAGCUCACCCCUGCCAAGAUGGCGGCGGGAGUGUGAGCGGAGGCGGCUCCGCUCCCUGACCCCGGGAGGAGGCAGCGCAGGGAUGAGCCGCGUUCCCGGCCCCGUUUGGUUCCCGUGAGGCUCGCAGGGAGCGGCCGGCGCCCGGGCCAUGGCGGGGAUUAUCAAGAAGCAGAUCCUCAAGCACCUCUCCAGCGAUCCCUGCUUGCUGUGGUGGAGAUUGAUUUGCUGUGAAUAUCCUUACUACCAAAAUGAGUGCCAGAAGCUCCUAAGAAACCAUGGGAAUUGACCACUUGCUUUCACCUGGAAUAGGGGCCUUUUGCCUGACUUUCUUGUCCUCAGGUUCACCAAAAACCUGUCACCUGACAAGAUCAAUCUGAGCACACUAAAGGGGGAAGGUCAGCUGACCAAUUUAGAGUUGGAUGAAGAGGUGCUUCAGAACAUGCUGGAUCUUCCAACAUGGCUUGCUAUAAACAAGGUCUUUUGCAAUAAAGCAGCUAUUAGGAUACCGUGGACAAAAUUGAAAAACCAUCCAAUCAGUCUGUCUCUGGAUAAAGUAAUAAUGGAAAUGAGUACUUGUGAAGAACCACGUGCCCCUAAUGGACCAUCACCUAUAGCAACUGCAUCAGGACAGAGCGAAUAUGGCUUUGCUGAAAAAGUGGUAGAAGGAAUUUCUGUUUCUGUGAACUCCAUUAUAAUCCGGAUUGGAGCGAAAGCUUUUAAUGCUUCAUUUGAACUUUCACAGUUGAGAAUAUACAGUGUAAAUGCAAACUGGGAACAUGGUGAUCUAAAAGUUACUCGAAUACAAGAAUCUCAGCGUGGAGAGGUAUUAACUUUUAAAGAGAUCAACUGGCAAAUGAUCAGAAUAGAAGCAGAUGCAAUCCAGAGUUCUCAGCAUGAAAUAAUGAGUGCUCCAGUUCGACUGAUUACUAACCAAUCAAAAAUCAGGGUUACACUUAAAAGAAGGUUAAAGGAUUGCAAUGUAGUGGCAUCAAAACUGGUUCUAAUACUAGAUGAUUUGCUAUGGGUUUUAACUGAUUCCCAGUUGAAAGCUAUGGUACAAUAUGCCAAAUCUCUUAGCGAAGCAAUAGAGAAAUCAACUGAACAAAGAAAAAGCUUGGCUUCUGAACCCACACAGAGUUCCACCCCUGCACCCACCUCUCAGCAAGUGAAAACACACCAGGCUUCAGCAGCAGCUGAUCAGAAUGAUGCAAUUGUAAAACUGUUCAAUGAUUUUGAUGUUAAGGAAACUUCUCAUCACUUAGUAAUUUCUCAUUUGGACCUGCAUAUAUGUGAUGAUAUUCACUCUAAAGAAAAAGAAUCAAACAGAAGUAUUACAGGAGGAGCUAUGCAGAUUUCCUUUAGCCAUUUAACUGUGGACUACUAUCCUUUUCACAAAGCAGAAGACAACUGCAGUCACUGGAUGCAUUUUAGUGAUGCCACCAAAACCAGAAGUGGAUGGGCCCAGGAAUUAUUACAUGAAUUCAAAAGCAACGUUGAAUUGCUUAAACAGGCUGUGAAGGAUCAUAAUAUAGAUACUUCUACUAAAUCCCCACCUCAUGGUUCUCCUCCAAACAUACAAACAGGCAAGGAACACCAGAUACCUAAAGGAACUUCUAGGGCUUCUUCUGUAUCUCCCCAACAACCGAAGGAUAAACUCAUGUCCAGUCCUGUUGUUGUUAGGCUUGCAGAUUUCAAUAUAUACCAGGUCUCUACAGCAGACCAAUGUCGUUCUUCCCCCAAAACUCUGAUUUCUUGCAAUAAAAAGUCACUUUAUCUUCCACCAGAAAUGUCAGCUAUUCAUAUUGAAUUCACUGAAUACUACUAUCCAGAUGGAAAAGACUAUCCUAUUCCAUGUCCGAACCUUUAUGUGCAACUGAAUGCUCUGCAGUUCACUCUGGAUGAAAGAAGUAUUCUUUGGCUAAAUCAAUUUGCGUUGGAUGUGAAACAAAGUCUCAAUCAGUUCAUGGCCAUGUAUAAAUUAAAUGAUAAUUCAAAAUCUGAUGAGCAUGUUGAUGUUAGAAUGGAUGGACUUAUGUUAAAGUUUAUCAUUCCCUCUGAAAAGAAACCUGAAAUCCAUAAAGAUCAGCCACGUGCAAUUUCUAUUCAGAGUUCUGAAAUGAUUGCUACAAACACAAGGCACUCGCCAAACUGUAGACACUCUGACCUGGAAGCCUUGUUCCAGAACUUCAAAGAUUGUGAAUUUUUCAGUAGAACUUUCACCAACUUUCCCAAAUCUCAUGACAGUUUUAAUCUUCUGCACCCAAUCUUCCAGAGACAUGCUCAUGAACAAGAUACUAAGUUGCAUGAUGUUUAUAAAGGUUAUAUCACCCCAAAGCUAAAUAAAUAUGCACUAAAAACAUCUGCUGCAACUGAUGUCUGGGCUGUGCAUUUUUCCCAAUUUUGGAUAGAUUAUGAAGGAAUGAAAAGUGGGAAAGGCCGACCAAUAAGCUUUGUGGAUUCAUUCCCACUCUCCCUUUGGGUUUGCCAGCCAACGAGAUUUGCACAGUCACAAAAGGAACUCUUUUCUUAUUAUCAGACACCUUUUAACAUUCAAAGAAGUGACUCUAGUGACCUAGCUAAUAGACUUCAGCGCAAAAAACUUUUGAGGGAAUAUUAUAGCACUGAGACAGAGCCCUUGACCAAUGGCAUUCAAAAGCUUCAUCCUUCAGACAGCACUUCGGGAGUUCUGUCUGCAAGUUCUUCCUCUGAUGCAGAUAUACAUGUCCUUGUUCAUAUUCAAAAACAUGUGAGCAUGCAAAUCAAUCAUUACCAGUUCCAUUUCUUAUUGUUGCUCCAUGACUCCCUUGUAUUGCUCCUGGAAAACCUAAGGAAAGAUGUAGAAGCAGUGACAGGCAAACCUGCCCAGCAAACAGAUAUCUGCAUUGGGAUCUUACUUGAAAGUGCAGAAAUAGCUCUAUUGCUCCAUCCAGUGGCUCAAGCAAAACCCUGCAAGUCUCCAGUUUUGGAAGAAGAAAGUCUCAUGACAGAAGAUCUUUCACCUUUGGAAAAUGAGGAAACUCUUGUAUCAGAGAGUAAACUAAUAACUAAUGAUAUAACACAGACUGAUAGUGUGGCUAUUAAUUAUGAAACUGAGUCCGUGAGCACUGAGGUUAACAAAGUCAUUUUGAUGGACCCCCUUCUUUUUAAAUCAGAUAGGGAUAUGGAUUUUCAGAAGGGAAUAUCAUUUUCAGAUGAUGCAUUGGAUACGUGUUUGGGGAAAACAAAUGAAGAUGAUUGUAGUGGACUUUUUAGUAGGAGUGAUUCAGAAGAAGCUUGUGUUGCAUUAAGUGACAAAAGUAACUUGUAUUCUAGCGAUUUGGUGAAUGUUUUAAAUAACAGAGAAGAUUCUAUUGAGUUAUUCACUGAUAAAGAGGAUGAUAAAAAUAUUUUUUCAAAUAAGUUAACUGAUCAGAAAAGUGGAACUGAAGGCUCUCCUGUUAAAGUGGCAGAUUUAGAACCAGAAACAGCCUUACAAUCUGAAGAGCUUGCAAUCAACAAAGAAAAAGUGUCCACAGUUAGAAUGCUUGCAACCCAGUCUACAUUAAGUGGAAAGCCUAAGGAACGCUGCCAGUCCAACCUCCCUGCAUUCUCUGUUUCUUAUAAGAACGUGAAGAGAAGUCCAUCACAAGUCUCUUUGGAUACCAUUUCUAUUGAUAGUAUGAUGUUGGAAGAACAUUUGCUAGAGAGUGAUGGAAGUGACAGCCAAAACUUUAUGGAGAAAGCUAUCACAGGCAUGAAUUACCAAAGGCCAGCAGAAAGCGUGCAAGACGAAGUCACAGGAGUUGACAAUUAUGGUGGGUCAUCUCCAGAUGCCAUCAGUGCAGCUUCAGAGAGUGCUCAAGAGACUAAUGAAGAAAUGGUAAUGAUGUCUGUUGUGGUUUUUAAAAUCUUUGGCGUUAAUGGUGAAAUUGACAUCAAAGGUGAAGAUACAGAAGUAUGCCUUCAGGUGAAUCAGGUGAUACCAAGCCAGUUGGGCAAUAUCAGUGUUCGACAUUAUCUUUGCAACAGAACUGUGGGUUCAGAUCAUAAAUCUGUGGCUGGACCAAUUAACUCAUCACCUGAAAUUAAUUUGAGAUGGGAAAAUGGGCCAAGUGCUGUAGUACACUCUCUACUGGCUGUAAAAAAUGGCUUUCUACAGUGUCACGUGGAGAAUUUUAGUGCUGAAUUCCUAACAUCUUCCCUCAUGAACAUUCAGCAUUUUCUAGAAGAUGAAACUGUUGCAGCAGUAAUGCCUAUGAAGAUUAAAGUUUCUAAUACAAGGAUUAAUUUAAAAGAUGACAGCCCACGUGAUAAUCUCUCAGCUCCUGAACCAGCCCCUGUAACACUGCAUAUUGACCUACUUUUGUUAGAGAGGAAUGACGAUGGCUCUUUUUGCAUCAGAGGUAAUCAACCACUAAGCAAUGAUGCAUUGAACUACAAGAAAUCGAGUGCUACAGUGCUGCAGGUGAGUGCCGUUACCAGAAACAAAACGCAGGAUUAUGUGUCUCAAGCCACACAGACUUCUCCAGAAAUCCCCAGACCUUCUACAUCAAGAUGGACUACAGCUGAUUUCCUCAAAGAGGAGCUUAUUGAAGAAAACGAAUGUCUUAAACAGGAACUAGCCAAGGCUAAAAUGGCUCUGGCUGAGGUCCACAUGGAAAAAGACACUCUGCUUCAUCGUAUAAAGAGGAUGACUAUUGAACAUCAACAGUAGUGGAUAAUGUAUUCCAAAAAUUGCACUGGAGUAAGAAGGACUGUAUUUAAAUACUGUUUGUGAAUUAGUGGAAGAGUCUUUUGACAUGAGCAUAGAACAACGUAUUUAUGGAAUAAAUACUAUUCUGAGAAUUUACGAAGGAUUAGGAUUAGACACUGCAAUUGUGUUUUUCUGUUUAGCCCUGUUUAAACUGCAGUGAUGCAGGAAAAAUCAGUUUAUACUGUACUUUAUUAAUUUUCCUAACAACAAGGAUAUGAUUCUCUUAAUUUUAAUAAUAUCGGAGGAAAUGUUAUCUGGGGAACAGAUCUGAUAAUGAGAUUGUUCAGUGGGCAAGGGAAGAUGUUUACAUGAGUAAUUGAGUAAAAUGUGUGCCAUGCAUCAUUGAUAUAUGGUAUCUUUAUUCGCGAAGAUAAAAUGAUUUUUACUGUUAACAAAUAUUUUAAAGGAGAUUACAUUUGCACUAUAAACUGAAUGGAUCCCACUCUCUGGCCAUUAAAACUUAAUAUAAUUGGCCUCAAACUGACCUAAAGUCAGUGUAACUGGCCCAGGCAGGAUCACCAAGUUUAAGAGUAAUCUUCCUGUAGCAUAGAGACUUACACUGCUCUCUUCCACUGCUGGUAUACCUGAGUAAAGGAUUGGGACCUUAGGACAAGGAUCGUAGUAUUGGAUACCCCUGCCAGGCGAGUCCUUGGCUUUAUUGUGGAUAUUGCAGUCUGGUGUAAUUCAGAUCAUCACUUAAACUGUUCUCCCCCACGCAGAAGGACUUGUCAUGCACAGAGACAGCAACGGAUCAGGAGUCUGUGCAAGAUGAGCUUUAGCCAUCUUUACAUACACCCCUGACCCAUGUGCUGCAUGGAUCAGCCACGCCCAAUGUAUUUAAAUAUGUAACUGUUCAUUUGUUAAAACAAAAACUUACUAGGAUUAAUAAAUUGUAUAUUACUGUGUUUGAAAAAAACUUUACAGAAUCAUUAAUUACCCUGUUGAACUUGUGAAGUUACAUGAAAGUGUAAUUAUGCAGUUUAAACUGUGGGUGAUUUGUACAAAUUGAACUAUAAUUUUCUGCUAAAAGAACUGAUACAAAUGUAUAAAUAAAAAAGCACAGAAUACAGA